CAGCCUUAAACUUACCAGCGGUGAAUUCGAGUUUGUCGGUACUACGCUCUUAGCCUGGACAAUUUAGAUUGAAGUAUUGCCAUUGCCUGUGGGAUGCUACAUAAUUUUUUAACCCCUUAUAACUUUUGGAUAACGUCAUACAUUUUCGAAUGCAUUCAAUGGAUAAUGUUGCUCUGAAAAUGAAUGUAGAAGAAGUCCAAAAGUCUGGAACGAGAAUAUUUAAAAAAUCCACGCCGAAUGGAAAGUUAACAAUUUACUUGGGGAAACGAGACUUCAUUGAUCACCUAACUCAUGUGGACCCCAUAGAAGGUGUUGUAUUAGUAGAUCCUGAUUAUGUCAAAGAUCGGAAGGUAUUUGUACAUCUUUUGGGUGCGUUCUGGUACGGCAGGGAUGAAGUCGAUUUGCUUGGACUAAACUAUCACAAAGAUCUUUGUGUGAUGACGAAACAGAUCUACCCACCUACCAGUUCAAAGACUGUGAAGUCACAUAUUCCUGUUCUGUUACCUAGGAAUGGCGAUACUACUGAGUUGUCAUCAAACGUACCCUACAAAUUUACUGAACCUCCGGAACGUACUCGGUUACAAGAACGUUUAGUCCGAAAGCUGGGUUCAAAUGCUUAUCCAUUCUACUUUCAGCUCCCAGCGUAUUCACCUGCUUCUGUAUCCCUAAUUCUUAACCCAUCUGAUCGUGGAAAACGUUGUCGGGUCGAGUAUGAAUUAAAAGUUUAUGUGGCGGAUGAUCAGGAUGACAAACCUCAGAAAAGAAACUCUGUACGUAUGGCUGUCCGUAAACUAACAUAUGCACCGAAUGAACCAGGUCAACAACCGUCGGCUGAAUUAUCACGAGAUUUUCUGAUGAGUGUGGGUAGCCUUCGGGUUGAAGCUACUUUAGACAAAAAUAAAUAUUAUCAUGGAGAGAAAAUAUUUGUCAACUUACUUGUAGAUAAUAAUUCUAAUAAAACAAUCAAACGUAUCAAAUUGUCAGUUCGACAAUACACUCAGGUCUUCGUUCAAAGCCCUAUCCAAUUCAAAUGUUCUGUUGAUGAGAUUCAGUCAGAAGAACGCUUCCCCAUCUUACCCAGUCAAACUGGCUGGUGUAAAGUCUAUCGUCUCUGUCCAUCGUUAGCGUGUAAUCGAGACAAAAUUGGUAUUGCAAUGGACGGUGAUUUAAAACAGGAAGAUACAAAUUUAGCAUCUUCUACGAUUAAUCCUCCUAACUCUCAUAAUCGAGAACCAGUUGGAAUUGUUGUACAAUACAAGGUAAAAAUACGAUUAGUCCUUGGCUUCGGUAUAAGCGAUGUCUGCUUAGAACUGCCAUUUACUUUAACUCAUCCUAAUCCUGAUUCAAAUGAUCUCAAUGAAAAUCAGCAAGAUGAUGAACUUAUAUCUUCCGUUACCACUGAACCUUCUCUUACUGAAAAAUCACCGGAGAAAAUGAAUUCAGUAAAUUUGGGGAAUAUCAAAUAUCUGGGUACAUCUGUUGUGAGUGAUACUCCUAAAAAUUUGCAAAAUACCAUUGCUCCAAAAAUUGAUCCUGGUUUCAUGAAUCUGCAACGAAAUAAUUCUGAUGAUCGUAAUCAUUCAAAUCCUUUCAACGAAUCCCUUCAUUCACCACAGUUUGUCAACAAAUCAAUUUGUUCUUACUCUCCACCUGUAUGGGAUCGUAAUUUUCAUUUAAUUUUCUCUGGUUCACGUUCAUCUGAUCGUCGUCCAUCUACUGUUGGGACACAGUCUACAUUAAGUGAAGAUGAUUUGCUAUUUGAAGAUUUUGCUCGUUUUCGUCUUCAAUCCUAAUAUGUGUUCAACCUUCUACGCUCUAUAUUUUAGCAUCUUGAUACAUAUUGUUCUCUUCGCUAUGAUUACUUUUCAUACCUAUUUAAAUUCGUCUUUGUAUUGCGUUGUUUAUUGAUUGUUGAUGAAUUACGCCUUUCUAUCCAACCAUUUUACAAAUUCUUGUUUGCCAUACGAAUAUACUUAAGUAACUGCAUAUAUUCUACUAUCAUGUUAUCUUUCUCUUGCCUGCAAGUUAGUGAUUGCAUAUGACGGGUUUGAACACUGGGGAAUUCGUUAAUGGCGUAUCCUGUGAUGUUUUAAAAACAAACGAAAUACCAUCACAAACAAGGACAAAGGCUAUGAUUAUACUAAUGCAAAUUAUAUUGUUACUUUAACAUGCUAUUUUUGCGAUCUACCUCGGGAAUUUUAAUUACCUCAAUUUCUUAGUUUAACUUUGGUAUGUUUAUUUUUAACUUUGUCUGUAUGUCCAAUGCAUAUUUUAUUGUUUUCGUUUAUUUUAUUGACUUUAAUUAUGUAUAUAUGUAUGAGGCAAAUGUGUACACAUGGUGUUUUGCUUUAGCUUCAUUUCUACUACUCUCUUUUUUUUCGUAAAAAAGGUUGUUUUCCCUUCUUUUUCGAAUCGGUUGGUGGAGCUAUUUAUAUAAGGUAGCUGUUACUAAGCCUCUACAUAAAUAUUCGAGUGAUUUUUUACACGAGUGAGUUUUCCUCUUUAUUUCCUUUCUUCACUGCUGCAUAAAAUAGUACUGUUAUUGAUGUUUAUACAUUCUAUGUAUCAAGGAGUCGGCUAGUUAUCGGAUAGAUAAUCUGAAAAGGAAGAAAAAGAAGACAAGUUGAUUAAGGAAGUGGCAACACCAGAAUAUGUAUGCAUGAAGUAGUGUGGCUUGUUUUCAGCUUUAGAGAUAAACACUUUCUGUAUAUUUUUCUGUAUAGUCUUUUGUUUAUUUCUAGUGCAUCUUACUUCCAUCUAGGUGUUCAUCAUUGCUAACUGAUAAUGUUGUCUGCUUAUGAGUAUGUUCCCUUCUCACCUUACUGGGUUUUUUGGCUUUGUAUAUGUAAAUACACGUUAGGUAUACUCUUAUGUCCUAUAAGAUUUCACCAGUUGGUGAAUUCCCGGCACGUAGCACCUUAGUCUACAUCCAUUUAGGGUUACUAUCCUUUUGCUCUUUUUUUCUACAAAAGAAAAGUUGCUAUUUAUUGAUACUUUUAAUAUUGCUACAUUCAAUCAUUCAUUUCUUGACAAUUAAUUGGCGAAAAUAACAACUUCCCUCUUCUUUAAUAUAUAUGGAGAUGACUGAAUAUAUGUCGAUUUACAGCAUUAUAGAUUAACCAAUGAAAUAUAACAAUCAACUGUCUUUUGGAAAUAAAGGCGAUGCAUUUAUUUAGUACGCUGAUUUACUAUUUUUUUUCCUAGCUGCUUCGAU